AUGGACGUACCGCACACUCACGCAGAGGAGAAGCAAACUCCACAGAGUACACAGACACAAAAACGACAGAUUGUUGGCGACUGCGACAACGACAAAGCACCACCGAAACGGGCACGAUUGACACGACAAAACCUUGCCGCAUUCGACAAGAUGGGCAAGAACAAGACCUCAAACCCCACGGACGGAUCGUCGACAACCACAAAGUCCACCUCGACGACGACAUCUGGCUUCGCUCUCCAAGCCCGAAAGAAUGGAAUCCUCGACCCUCGCAGCUCGAAGCCGCCCCAAAACCUCGAGGAUCUCCGCGAACGACUUGCCAGGUCCCGUGAAACCGCUUCCCCUCCCGAGUCAGCGUACGAUGACUAUGUUGAUCAAGUCGAGCGAGCCAAGAACGAAGCGACUAUGGUGAUCAAGACGAGCGUGAGGCUGCUAAAGGAAUAUCCCAAAGGCUACGACCAAGCCUUCAACCAGGCAUUCACAGGCAUUCCGAAAGAUGUCGGCUUCAACAAUGGCCUCUCUGCUCCGCAGCCUGACUUCAUAGAGGGACUUGAGAUGGAGGGAUACCUCCCGUUCCCGGUUGACGAGCGCAUCUGCGGGGCCGUUCUAUAUAAGGAUGAUCCCCACUCCUUAACACUGCCGCACGUGGCCGGGGAAUGGAAGGGACCCGGAAAAGACAUGGAAGAGGCCAGAAUGCAAGCCGCUUACGACGGCGCAGCACUCGUCUACGCAAGGAACCAAGCCCUUGCCUACCAGGGAAAAUCCGACCCUGCCGGCCACGCACACAUCACAACCUUUACUACGAAUGGUACCCAGCUCAGCCUUUACGCGCACUUCGCAACCCCAGCCCAAGACGGCAUUCUUGAAUACCACCAGUUUCCUAUCAAGUCGACGAGUUUGGCCACGUCUCACGGAGAACACAAGGACGGCUACAAGCACCUCAGAAACGCGCAAGACCACGCGAGGGACCAGUCGUGCGCCUUGAAAGACGAAUUACAAGACCAUUGGAAGCAGCAGCGACAUGCGCCGCACCGAAUUGCCGAGGGAACACAGUUGCCUGACCCACACGAUACCGAAACGGUGCCAACUCUGCCAGUACCCGGCACCGAUCCACUGCACGCAUAUGAGAACAAGGACGACGACGAGGUCGCCGCACACCAGCCGACUCAUCAGCCGACGCCACCUACGUCGUCCAAGCACAAGAGUAGCAAGACGAACUCGCACCACUCGCACGCGACGCCGUAUUCGCCGAUGGCUCCCCCCACGACACAGACGUCCACUCACAAUGCGGGCCAGAAGCGAAAGGCCCCAUCCUCGCAGGGAUCGUCAAGCGGCUCGUCCCAUCAUAGCAAGUACAGGAACUACUGGACCAAGGACAAAACGACCGGACGCUUCUAUCACAAGCAUUCCGAUGGCACAAUCGCCUGGCUCGAGGAGGAUGGCGACGACGACGACGACUAG